GUGAGCCGAUGGGGGCGGGGAGAAGCCCGCCUGGGCCGGGACAAAAGCAGGAUUCCGGGCGGCUGCCGGAGGUUGGAGUGCUCUAGAUAGUGGGUGUUGAGUGGGCCCUUGUGGAGGAGCGCCGCGCACAGAGUUUCCGCAGAGAGCAGGUGGAGCAGAUCCCUCUGCAGCCAUGUCGGCCAAGGCGAUUUCAGAGCAAACAGGCAAAGAACUCCUUUACAAGUACAUCUGCACCACCUCGGCCAUCCAGAACCGGUUCAAGUAUGCCCGGGUCACCCCUGACACAGACUGGGCCCGCCUGCUGCAGGACCACCCCUGGCUGCUCAGCCAGAGCUUGGUGGUCAAGCCAGACCAGCUGAUCAAACGGCGUGGAAAGCUGGGCCUAGUCGGGGUCAACCUGACUCUGGAUGGGGUCAAAUCCUGGCUGAAGCCACGGCUGGGACAGGAGACCAUGGUCGGCAAGGCCAAAGGCUUCCUCAAGAACUUCCUGAUUGAACCCUUCGUCCCUCACAGUCAGGCGGAGGAGUUCUAUGUCUGCAUCUAUGCCACCCGAGAUGGGGACUACAUCCUGUUCCACCACGAGGGAGGUGUGGAUGUGGGCGAUGUGGACACCAAAGCCCAGAAACUGCUUGUUGGCGUGGACGAGAAGCUGGAUCCUGAGGACUUCAAGAAGCACCUGUUGGUGCACGCCCCUGAGGACAAAAAAGAAAUUCUGGCCAGCUUUAUCUCUGGCCUCUUCAAUUUCUAUGAGGACUUGUACUUCACCUACCUCGAGAUCAACCCCCUUGUUGUGACCAAAGAUGGUGUCUAUGUCCUUGACUUGGCUGCCAAGGUGGAUGCCACAGCUGACUACAUUUGCAAAGUGAAGUGGGGUGACAUCGACUUCCCUCCCCCCUUCGGGCGGGAGGCUUAUCCAGAGGAAGCCUACAUUGCAGACCUGGAUGCCAAAAGUGGGGCGAGCCUGAAGCUGACCUUGCUGAACCCUAAGGGGAGGAUCUGGACCAUGGUGGCCGGGGGUGGUGCCUCUGUCGUGUACAGUGACACCAUCUGUGACCUGGGGGGUGUCAACGAGCUGGCGAACUAUGGGGAAUACUCGGGUGCCCCCAGCGAGCAGCAGACUUAUGACUAUGCCAAGACAAUCCUGUCCCUCAUGACCCGCGAGAAGCACCCAGAUGGUAAGAUCCUCAUCAUCGGAGGCAGCAUCGCAAAUUUCACCAACGUGGCUGCCACGUUCAAGGGCAUUGUGAGAGCAAUUCGGGAUUACCAGGGCCCUCUAAAGGAUCAUGAAGUCACUAUCUUUGUCCGAAGAGGUGGCCCCAACUAUCAGGAGGGCUUACGGGUGAUGGGAGAAGUCGGGAAGACCACUGGGAUCCCCAUCCACGUCUUUGGCACUGAGACUCACAUGACAGCCAUUGUGGGCAUGGCCCUGGGUCACCGGCCCAUCCCCAAUCAGCCACCCACAGCAGCCCACACUGCAAAUUUUCUCCUCAAUGCCAGCGGGAGCACAUCGACCCCAGCCCCCAGUAGGACAGCAUCUUUUUCUGAGUCCAGGGCUGAUGAGGUGGCCCCUGCAAAGAAGGCCAAGCCUGCCAUGCCACAAGAUUCAGUCCCAAGUCCAAGACCCCUGCAAGGGAAGAGCACCACCCUCUUCAGCCGCCACUCCAAGGCCAUUGUGUGGGGUAUGCAGACCCGGGCCGUGCAGGGCAUGCUGGACUUUGACUACGUGUGCUCCCGAGACGAGCCCUCGGUAGCCGCCAUGGUCUACCCAUUCACUGGGGACCACAAGCAGAAGUUUUACUGGGGUCACAAGGAAAUCCUGAUCCCUGUCUUCAAGAACAUGGCGGACGCCAUGAAGAAACACCCGGAAGUAGAUGUGCUGAUCAACUUUGCCUCACUCCGCUCAGCUUAUGACAGUACCAUUGAGACCAUGAACUAUGCACAGAUCCGGACCAUUGCCAUCAUAGCUGAAGGCAUCCCAGAGGCCCUCACAAGGAAGCUAAUCAAGAAGGCGGACCAGAAGGGAGUGACCAUCAUUGGACCUGCCACUGUUGGAGGCAUCAAGCCUGGAUGCUUUAAGAUUGGGAAUACAGGUGGAAUGCUGGACAACAUCCUGGCAUCCAAGCUGUACCGCCCUGGCAGCGUGGCUUAUGUCUCACGUUCUGGGGGCAUGUCCAACGAGCUCAAUAAUAUUAUCUCCCGGACCACGGACGGUGUCUUUGAGGGUGUGGCCAUUGGUGGGGACAGGUACCCCGGCUCAACGUUUAUGGAUCAUGUCUUACGUUACCAGGACACUCCAGGAGUCAAAAUGAUUGUGGUUCUUGGAGAAAUAGGAGGCACUGAGGAAUAUAAGAUCUGCCGGGGCAUCAAUGAGGGCCGCCUUACCAAGCCUGUGGUCUGCUGGUGCAUCGGGACCUGUGCCACCAUGUUCUCCUCUGAGGUUCAGUUUGGCCAUGCUGGGGCUUGUGCCAACCAGGCUUCUGAAACCGCAGUAGCCAAGAACCAGGCUCUGAAGGAGGCAGGAGUGUUUGUGCCCCAGAGCUUUGAUGAGCUUGGAGAAAUCAUCCAGUCUGUGUAUGAGGAUCUUGUGGCCAAAGGAGUCAUCGUACCGGCUCAGGAGGUGCCACCCCCGACUGUGCCAAUGGACUACUCCUGGGCCAGGGAGCUGGGCUUGAUCCGCAAACCCGCCUCGUUCAUGACCAGCAUCUGUGACGAACGAGGGCAGGAGCUUAUCUACGCUGGCAUGCCCAUCACCGAGGUCUUUAAGGAAGAGAUGGGCAUCGGCGGAGUUCUCGGCCUCCUCUGGUUCCAGAGAAGGUUGCCCAAGUACUGUUGCCAGUUCAUUGAGAUGUGCCUGAUGGUGACAGCUGAUCAUGGGCCAGCCGUCUCGGGGGCUCACAACACCAUCAUCUGUGCUCGGGCUGGGAAGGACUUGGUCUCCAGCCUCACCUCAGGGCUGCUGACCAUCGGGGAUCGGUUUGGGGGUGCCUUGGACGCAGCCGCCAAGAUGUUCAGUAAAGCCUUUGACAGUGGCAUCAUCCCCAUGGAGUUUGUGAACAAGAUGAAGAAGGAAGGAAAGCUGAUCAUGGGCAUUGGUCAUCGAGUGAAAUCGAUAAACAACCCGGACAUGCGAGUGCAGAUCCUCAAAGAUUACGUGAAGCAGCACUUCCCUGCCACCCCUCUGCUCGACUAUGCGCUUGAAGUGGAGAAGAUUACCACCUCAAAGAAACCAAAUCUUAUCCUGAAUGUUGAUGGUUUUAUUGGAGUUGCAUUUGUAGACAUGCUCAGAAACUGUGGGUCCUUUACUCGGGAGGAAGCUGAUGAAUAUAUUGACAUUGGAGCCCUCAAUGGCAUCUUUGUGCUGGGAAGGAGUAUGGGCUUCAUUGGACACUAUCUGGAUCAGAAGAGGCUGAAACAGGGGCUGUAUCGUCAUCCGUGGGACGAUAUUUCAUAUGUUCUUCCAGAACACAUGAGCAUGUAACUGAGCCAGGAACCCUACUGCAGUAAAAUGAAGACAAGAACUGCUCCCCUGAGAAACAGUGCACAGACCGGUGGCAGUGGAGCCUGCUAUAGGAUGGGCCUGCAAUGUAAACAGCCGCUGGUGUACCAGUGCCAGAAACCAACUCCUACAGGCUAAUAACAUUCAGUCCACACAAAGAAGCUUAGUAUUUUUUUUAUAAGCGUAGAAAUAAAAACCAAGCCAAUACUUGUGAAGUUUGCUCUGCUACCUGCUGUAUUUAUUAUAUGGAAGCAUCUAAGCUCUGUCAGGAUAGUGUUUUUCCUCAUUGUAGGGUGUUCCGACGUUGUUUUAUUUUUUCCAUUUAGUUUAAAAAAAAAAUAAAAAAGUUUCCCUUGGAGGAAAGGAUUGAAACUUAAAUUUUGAGACCUAAAGAUACUACAUUUAAGGUACCCUUAAUAUCCUGUUUUUCUACUUCCCUUUGUUCCUCAUUUAAUGUAAAGAACAUUGUAUCAAUCUGAUUUUUUUUAAGAUCUUUUUGUAUGUUAUCUGUCAAAAGUUUGUUUGGUAUCCCGCUGAAACACUCCAUGUUGCAGGCCCAAGUCUGCUUAUGUCAGUGGGAUGGGACCAUUGCAUCCUUAGCCAUUGUCAUAAAAUAUGUGGAGUAGUAAUUUAAAAUGUGUAAAGUUGUAACAUACGUAUGUUUAAAAUGGAAAUGCAAAGCAAAAAGCUGUGAAAUGUCUUAUCUUCUCUGUAUGUAUGCAGCUGACUUGUCUUGUUACUGAAAUGUGAGUCCAAGGACUCUUCUCCAGCCAGUUUGCAUCGUAAUUCACAAAGAUUCUGGUCAGCUGCCACCUCAGUCUCCUCUGUAUUAUCACAGUUUCGUUUAAAUAAACUGUA